AUGGCCGGACAUGAUCACCGAUCGCAUGCCGAUGUUUCUGAAUUGUCCAAGCAGACAAAUGAUCGCAUUCGUCAGCUCGAGAACGGCACGCUUGUUAUAAAAGAUGUCCAGGAGACUGAUCCUGCUCAAUACUUUUGCUUUUUGAAGUCAAACAAAUCAACCACUGUGAAAGAUCGCAGCACGGCACUAAACCUCCUCGUACAUGGUAUAUAG